AGGGGAAACGGAAGGGAAGGAGGUGGAGCCGGAGGUUGCACAUCCGGAGAGGGAGGAUCUGAGAACUCCAGACCCCAGAAUGAGCAAACAUGUGUUCUUAACGGGCCCCCCAGGGGUUGGAAAAACCACACUAAUCCAGAAAGCCAGUGAUGCUCUCAGAUCACUGGGCGUGCCUGUUGAUGGAUUUUAUACAGAAGAAGUCAGACAAGGAGGGAGAAGAAUAGGAUUUGAUGUGGUCACGUUGUCUGGAUUGAGGGGGCCUUUGUCUAGAGUUGGGUCAGAGCCUCCCGCUGGAAGACGUGAAUACCGAGUGGGGCAGUAUGUGGUGGACCUUCAUUCUUUUGAGCAGUUAGCUCUCCCAGUGUUGAAAAAUGCAGAUGCUGGUCCCAGCUCUGGGAAGAGGGUGUGUAUCGUUGAUGAGAUUGGGAAAAUGGAACUCUUUAGUCAGACUUUCAUUCACACUGUGCGUCAGACUCUCUCCAGCCCAGGGACUGUGAUCCUUGGCACAAUACCCAUCCCUAAAGGAAAGCCAUUGACACUCGUGGAAGAAAUAAGAAACAGAAAUGAUGUUAAGGUGUUCAAUGUCACGAAGGAAAACAGAGAUAGCCUUUUACAAGAAAUCGUGGCAACUGUGCAGAGCUGCCGAAAGUAAUGCUCAUUUGUGCCCCGUCCUUUGUGUCAGAGAAGUAGUGGCGUGUUUCAAGUGGUGUCUGAUUGGUACUCAGCCCAUUCGGCUUUUACGCCAUCAGGUUUAUGAUAACUGAGUGCUUGAAACCUUUGUGGCUUCUCCAAAGAAAUCUUGACAGAUGUUUUCCAUAAAGUGUUUAAAAGAUCAAAUUAGACUUAAUGCUGGAUUGACUAUACAAGAUUAACAAUCCAUUAUGGUUUAUUUAUGCUUAAAGCUUUCUGUUUAUUUCCUCUUGCAGUCGUGUGCAUGAUUUGGGUUAAUUAUGAAAUGAGAAAUGGUUUGGAGAAUAUUAGAUGGAAUUUGUCCCAUUGAAGUUUAUAAAUGUGUUCAGGGGAAGAGGGAAAGAAGAGUUCACCACUUAAUCAAUUUUGCAUGUCAUGAAAAUCAAAUUCCUAUCCAGGUGCAUCAUUAGUCUCGUGUAACUUAAUGUGGCAUAAGAGUUUGAUUUAUUACUAUUAUUACUCCAAAAGAAAAUUGUUUAAAGUCCUUUCCCCAUAUUUUUGUUGUUGUUUGCUUGUUUAUCCUUUACAAAUAUUCAAAUAAAUAAGAUAGUUAAAAACAGG